UGACAUUUCAAAACAUGGCGGCAGCUCGUCGCGUCCGUAGUCACCAGAAAAUAGAUAGCACUUUCUUUCAAUUUUCGCGUUGAACAUAUUUUUCAACAAAGUACCGUUGCAUGGUGACAGCUGAAAAAUGGACGACUUUGAUCUGGAUGAUCUCCUUGCUGAAGGGCCUCCUGUGCAGAAGAAGAAACCAGUUCAGAAGGCUCCUUCAAAGAGAGGUGGGAAAAGUGCUCUGGAUGAAGAUUUCUACAGUAACCUGGCGUCUCAGGCAGGAGAGGAUGCAGAUUCUGAAGUGUCCGAUGUUGAUGCUAAGCAGAUGGCAAGAGACUUGGGGGGCUUGGAUGACAUGGAUGCCGAUCUGUUCGGAGGGCAGCUGCCGAAAAAGAAAGGAAGCAUCAAAAGCGGAAGUGGACGAUCUGGUAAACAGACGACACCUCGUAGAACUCGUACACCGCGCUCAAACAGCAACACCCCUCGCUCAGGGGGCAACAAGCCAGGGUCCCCGCAGAGAGUUGCCUCCCCUUCUAGUGACACCCCUACAAGUCCUCGGGGUAACAAGAUGAAAAAGAAUCCCUCGAAACCCAGCUCCCCACCUCCUCAGAUAACCAUGCCCAAACCUGGAACAGCUCCAGGGAAGAUGACAGAAUUGUAUAAAGAAAGUGAAAACUUAAAGCCUGGACAAGUGAAACCUGAAGAUGACCGUCCUCGUACAGUGCCUAAGGCUAAACCAAAGAUGGAUUUUGGAGAGUUUGAUGAGGACGACCCACUGGCUGGCCUGGAUUUGUCAGAGGAUGAAUCCUUUGCCCGACGUAAACCAGCUGCCAAACCUGCUCUGAAGCAACAGAAGUCCAGUGAAGAACCCUCAGCCUCACCCCCUGUCGUGGAACCUGUCGGGCCAACCAAGGAUCCUCAAUCUCCCAGAAGGAGGAAUCUUUAUGAUCGUCCGCCAACCCGAAGCGGAAGUGGCAAGGAAGAUGAGGAGGAGUCGCAGCCGGAGCCAGUAGCAGCUAAACCUAAACCAGCUGUAAAGAAAAAAGAUGAAGUAAUCUUCAGCGAUGAAGACGACUUUCUGCUUGGAAUGGAGGACAAGCCUGUUAAGAGUAUAGAGAAGACUAAGCCCAAGCCUGAUGACCUUGAGAACAGCCAGAGGUCAGCCAAGUCAUUUAUGGAUGGGCUGCUUGGGAAAGGCUCAGCAACCCAACAGUUAGAGACGAAAGAAAAGAAAGCAUUUACCUUAGACAGUAAAUACUCCAAGUCGGAAGCUAACAAAGAGGAGGAAGAUGACUUUUUGUUCGGGAGUUACCAGCCAUCAGUAGCCUCAGGGUCAAGGCCAGGGUCAAGGAGGUCAGUCAGAUUUCAGGAUGACGAUCUGUUUGGUGAAGAUAAACCAGCAUCUAGAGGGCGAAGUCAGUCACCAGGGGGCUCUGCUAAGGUCCCAGAUGGAAUGGAUUGGUUGGACUUUAACACAGAUGAUAAACCUGCCUCACCAGCAAAAACAGCAGAUAAACCAACAGAUUCCAAACCUGCUGAAACAAAGUCAAAAUCUAGUCCAUCUGACUGGUUAGGGUUGAAAGAAUCCGAAUCCAGUGAUGAGGACUUCUUCAGACCCAAAAGAACACCUCCACCAUCUAGCCAAUCAGGACGCAGGACACAGCCACCUAAGGCCGAGCCUAAGAAAGACAAAGCAGAUGACUGGCUAGGACUAGCUGACAAGAAAUCUGAGCCAGAUAAGAAAGAAGUCAGUGACAAGCCAGUAUUUUCUGGUAUGAGUGAUUCAGCCAAACAGAAUGACGACUAUCUAGGUUUGGGCAAGGAGGUGGACCUGGAUGAUAUUCUCACGUCCAGGCCUGAUUCCCCUGCCUUCAGAGGUCAGACUCCUCCGGCCUUCAACAAACAAGAUGACCGAAACAAGGAUCUCUUCACCCCUCCCCCUACACGAGGCUCUGGUUCAUCAGCAAAGGAGGAAUCUCACACCAGGCAGACGCGACCGACGACUGAUACAAGAACUGAAGAUGGAUUCAUGAGAGGCAGAAAGGGAGCAGCAGGCUUUUCCCAACACCGGACACUGGACAAGGAGGAUGAAGUGGACAUGGGUCAAGCACCAGGGCCUCCCCCUCAGGCCAAGAUCAUGUCCCAGGUGUACCAGCAGCAACCCCUCAAGAGAGAUGUCACUCAGUAUGCUGGGCCCGCUCACAACAUGGCCACAGCAGAACCUGCAAAAGAAGUCAUUAGAAAGGGUUCAAUAGUAACCACAGGCCCAGGUUACAGUCAGUCUCUUCAGGACUUCCUGGAGGAGCCAGUUCCCAUGCCCAGUCAGCGACAACCCCAGCAACAUCUCCCGGACUUCCAGCAGCAGCAGCAUCUGCUACAACAGCAGGCUCAACUACAGCGGAUGAUGCAAGACCUUCAGUCACAGUACCACACCUCUCCACAGACUACACCUAGUAUCCCAGUCCUGGGGUCGACGCCCUUCCCCUCAACUCCACAGUCCUUCAACAGCAUCGGUGGCCGUCUGGACGAUCUUCCUGGAUCUUUAGAAGAGGCUCAAUCAAGGAUUCGAAAGCUGGAGAUUGAGAAACAUUAUACAGAGUCGUUGUUGGACAGUACGAGGAGGAGAUACGAGGAGGAGAUCCAGGCUAUAGAGGCGUCAUAUAAAAACAGACUGCAGAUUUUAGAAGAUUCUAAUCGCAAGAAAGAGACAAGGUUACGGAACGAGAGUGAGCAGCUGAUGGCCGACCACCUGGAGCGUGUGAGGAAGAUGGAGCAGGAGAAGGCAGACAUCGCCAGCCAGAACUACAAGAACCUGGAGGAGGUGGAGCGGGCUAAGUCCCACGACAUGGAGAAGCUGAAGGAACAACACAGAUUGGCAGUUGCUGAAACAAAGAGAGAGCAAGAAGAGAUGAUAGAGAGGCUGAAGAAAGCCAAAAACCUGGAGAUCGAAGCAGUGGCCAGUGCACACGAUACCUCCAAGAGCCUGACUGCGGUGGUGGAACAGAUCCAGAACAAUGCCAAGGACCUUGGGGAGCUGCAGUACAAGGUGGACAGCUGGCACCGUCAGGGGCUUGACGACAGGGAGAUCACUCUCAAGUCCAAGGACGAACAACUCCGGAUUUUGCAGGAGCGUCUCACUCGCCAGGAGGGAGACAAUGAGAAUGAGAGGAAGAGAUUAGAAGAUCUCAUCGCCAGGAUGGAGUCACAACUCCGAGAUCAGACUAGGAUGCUGGAUGAGGAACGGUGGAAGGUGAAACAGGACCACGGUCGUCUGGAUUCACAACAGAAGUCCUUGGAAGAGGAGCGGAGGGUGUGGGUGGAGCAUCAGGCCAGGGAGAGGGACAUGAUAGAGAGGACCAGGUCUGCCUUCCUGGAGGAACAGAGGUCAUCUAUGAACCAGAUCAAUGAGGAGAGGAGAGCUCUGGCUGAGGAGAGGACCAAGUUUAACAUUGAUCAGAAGAUGAUGAGAGAGAAAAUGAACAGUGACUCCAUCAAAGCUGCUCAGGCUGAGGCUGAGUAUGAUGUGUUAGUGAAGUCCAUAGCUGAGGAGCGUUCCAAGUCAUCUCAGAGACUACAGGAACUGCACAGAGAGGAAGACAGGAUGGAUGCAGAACGAACACGCCUGGAGAGAGAGAAGGCUAAGAUUGAUGCAGAGAAGGACAGACUGUCUGACCUGGCCAUUCAGGUGAAACAGAAGUCUGCAGAAGUCGACUCGAUGAGUGAGCUGGCAUCGCGAUCUCACCGAGAUGGAGAGAAGUCGCUGUUGGAGGCGAGACAGAUAGAGUCCCACCACAACCAGCGUCUGGACGAGAUACAGCGACAGCUCCAGAACAUCAGGAACAUGGAGGAACACAUCUCGGAGGAGAAGUUGCGACUUGCUAAGGAGAAGAAGGAUGUGGAAAACCUGAAGAACUCUUCUCUGUGUACAAACUGUCGGACACCGUUGCGACCUGGAGACUCCAACCUUGUUCCUGCACACAUGCCGAUGACGACGGGAGGACCGAUGAUGUCCCCUGUCAAUGGUAUGCGAACUCCAAUGCAUGCUGGGAACAUGAUGUAUCAUGGUAAUUCGGGUAUGAAUUUUUCCUUCAAUGCCAUCGAGUCCAUAACAUCAUCGAUAGCAGCAGACAGAUCAGUACGUAUGUGGAAGAUUGAAGCCUUGAAGGACAAGGAGUACUUAGAAGAGGAAAGCAUAUUCUUAGAGACACUGAAACAUUCUCCAUAUCAUGGCUCACAGAAAAUCUGACCUCACUAGUGGUUCCGGUCAUCCAUUGAAUUACAGAUGAAGGAAUGAUGUCUGCAGUUUGUGACUAUCAGAUGUAGCAUGAAGUGCUUGCAUUUUUAAUCAUCUUCCGUCCUAAGGGUGUGUCAAGUGUGAUCAGUUCAUUGGAGAUGAAUAUUUUGAAAUUGCAUACAGCAAUAGUCAGUGGAACGACAGUGAAAUCCGAACAUAGUGUAGACAGGAAUUGGACCCGACUCGCCAUAGAUCUGUAGAAGUGCAGGGCUUGACACAGACUGUUUGUAGCCAUUACAACUGUCAUGUGUUAAAAUGGGGUUACAGUCAUAUUGCCAAGAUAUUUUUGUGAACAAUGGAGGUUGGAGGUGAAACUGGGAGGUACCAAGAGGACCAAGCCGGGAUGCAGACAUUGGACUGAUUGCUGUCUCAGUUUGUGUGUUGUGGCCCUCUGUGUCGUAGUCAUGUAUCUCCUAUACACAUCAUGUGUCCGUCCUGUACUCAUCUUGCCCUCCUGUGUACAUCAUGUGUCCGUCCUGUACUCACCUUGCCCUCCUGUGUACAUCAUGUGUCCGUCCUUUAGUCCCGUAGUAGUCAUGUACAGUCAAGUCUCGUUAAUCCGACAAUCGGAUUUAUCUGACACUAAUGAUGGGAACCGAUUAAAUCAGUGCUAUUUAGACCCGUUAAUCUCGCACUCCAACACGCCUAAUUUGCAACGAAUUACAGAAAUCACUCAUUAAUCAGUCUCGUUAAUCUGACAGUGAUCAGCGUACGGCAUGGUCAUCUGCAUGGUGAUGCGAGACGAGUCGGCUGCAGAGACAAACUUGCUUAACAAUAAACUAUUUAUGCUUUAAAUAAACAAAACACAUGCUUAGAUUACGUCAUAUACGUCAUGUAGCAGUCCUCUAUGUUCUAGUGGGGCGGUCGGGAAGCCUAGUGGUUAAAGCGUUCGCUCGUCACGCCGAAGACCGGGUUCGAAUCCCGAUAUGGGUACAAUGUCUGAAGCCCAUUUCUGGUAUCCCCUGCCGUGCUAUUGCUGGAAUAUUGCUAAAAGCGGCGUAAAACCAAAACUCACUCACUCACUAUGUGCUAGUAGCCAAGACCAUAGAUUCAGAUGGCAAUCAUGUACAAAGAGUAGACUACAUAUGUAUUAAUGCAUUUUUCCGAUCAACUAAACAUAAUUUGCUAAAGCUAAAGACAAGCAAAACCUUGUCAGCAAAUGGUCAGCCCAUGAUUCAGCAAAUGGUCAGCAAAUGAUUGGAUAUCGCGUUUUCAUUACAAGGGACACAACUCGUGAUCUAGGUGGUGCCAGGUUCGAGCCUAGAAAAGUGGCCUUCAUGUGGCAAGGGUAAAAACUAGGCUUGGAUAUAGGCUAGAGGACAUGCUUGCUUUGGGAAGACACCUUAAGACAACAUUGAAGGAGUAAUGUCAGUACAACACUCACAUGGUUGUCAUGCCAACCAGGGGGUGGUCGGGUAGCCUAGUGGUUAAAGCGUUCACUCGUCACGCCGAAGACCUGAGUUUGAAUCCUGACAUGGGUACAAUGUGUGAAGCCCAUUUCUGAUGUCCCUCGCCAUGAUGUUGCUGGAAUAUUGCUAAAAGCGGCAUAAAACCAAACUCACACACUCACACACACUCACUCACUCAUGCCAACCACCAUGUCUUACUGAGUGUGCUUCAAGACAUGUCACCAUUGGUCCUCACAAAUUCAUACUGGUAUGAUAAGCAUGUUGUGCAUUUGAUGUGUUGUUGAACAACUUUGCAUAUCUCCCUGAUAUUUGUUAGUUUAUUAACAAAACAGUUCACAUAUAUGUUACAUAACAUGAUUUAAUGUACCGGGUAAUGUCUAAUUACUUGUCAAUAGAUCAUCCUUGUCUGUACAGUGACAUACCAAAUAACAACGAAACUUUGACGUAACAAAGAGUGACCAGUUCUACCUAACUCUGUUCAUUAUCGUCUUCUGUUGCCUUGGACUAUUGUUUCUGUGAUCCCAGUGUCUUCUGUGCUGACCAUUGCAUGAGGCCUUACGUUCUAGAAAUAUGUUGAUGUUUGACUUUAAAUAAUCAAGUUAACAAAUAAUCUACAGAAUCUCAGUAUUAACCAUGAAUCCUCUGUAAUGUGUCAGUGUCUGUAAUCUACCUAUAAUCUGUAACACUUAUCAGAUGAAAUAAUGUAAGAAAUUUGGAUAACCACACAUUUUCUCACUGACUUCAACAUAGCAUUUUCUGUACAAGAUGUCAUUUUCCUAUUCACAGUGAUGAGAAUCUUCCGCGGAUCCGCAUAUUUUAGUGACCAAACAUUUGUUGGCUUCCCCCAUAAACACCCCCAAAUUGUAGACCACACUUCAUUGCAAAGAAGUUUCAGCUGAAAAGGAAAAAUCCAUUCUCAUCCCUGUAUUUAAAGAGUAUUUGCAUGACACUGAUGUCUAAGAUCCAUUAAUAAGCAGUUUAGUUUUGUGUUUCUAUUUCAGUAUUUGGCUAUAGACUGCAUUACUUCAGACUGAAAGUAUUGUUUUUGUCACACCAACUCAAACAAGAACAAAAAGUUGGCUGCCUGUCCAACCCAAUUUCUUAUCUUCAGGGGGUGCAGUUGGGUAGCUUAAUGGUUAAUGCGUUCACUCGUCACACCAAAGGCCCGGGUUCGAUUCCCCACAUUGGUCCCUCAACGUGAUAUUGCUGGAAUAUUGCUAAAAGUGGCGUAAAACCAUACUCAAUCACUUUUCUUCAGGGUUAUGUGAAACAGUUUGAAAUUAAGCGUGAACGUUGAGGGAUGCUUCUCAUAACCUAAUGUUAAUAGUAUAAGAUUUGAGGGGUGUUAGAUACAAAUCCUCGUGGAUCCUUAAUUUCAAACACCGCUGUCUGACAGGGAACUGGACUACAGAUGAUAUCUUAUUGUUGAAUAGAUUCUUGUCCUCAAUAAAAACUUUGCUAUACCCGGUACUAGUUCAGGGAUAGACAUUGCCACUUGUCCGUUAGUCCGAGACAAGUGAAAAUUUAAAGGGACUAGUUUUUUGCAUCCAAAAUCUAGUUAUUUGCAAAAAACACUUGUCCAAAUUGAGCUGCGACAAGUGAGAUAUGAGCAAUAGUCUUACCCCUGCUACUCUCAGUAUUAGCUGCUUAUGGUUUAUCACAUUCUUUGUGAAAACGUGGGGAGUUUGUUCCACAAAAUCCCAUCAACAAGCUAAAAACAAUAAUAGUCCUUGUUCUCAGGCGCCGCGUGCAUCUUCAUAAAGUCUGCCGCAUGUUUCGUUUUUAUUUCCAUUUUCAAAAAAAUAUAAAAAUCCUAAUACUUAAAAACAAUGUGAUCCAAUAUAGCACACAGUUACUUCCCUUUCCAUGCACACUGCUUUACUGUGCAUCUCGUGUUAUGGUCAUGGCGGCAGUAGGAGUUUGUAUGCCUGUUUAUGUACGGAGGCCCUUUCCCAGGUUGAUGGUACACAACUGUUUAUUUGGUUACAUACUAGUUUGAACAAACCCCCAAAAAAGCACCGCCUGCCCGCACUUUAUUUUCAAAAGUCAUUGCCUGAGAACCAAUUCUUUUACUUUUUAAGGCCUCAAUAAAGGGUUGAACAUGUUACAAUUGGAGAUAACUAUUGUGAUGACAAAAAAUAUUUGAAUUUUAAUGUAUGGUGAUCGAAGUGUUUUGAUACGUUGAGAUGUAUUUUGCUCAAAACAUUUUAUUUGCCUUCCUAAAUGUCUGUGAUAUUUUAUUGUGUUUUAUGUGGAAGGAGCAUAUAUUGUGCCUUGGAAGGGUAUGACUCCAUAUCAUCCAUUAACCUGUUGUUUUACAUUGUAGUGUAUCUUGUAUCCUAUGAACUCAAGCAUAUACUAGUAUAUCAACCUUGUCAUCACCUAUGAGACCGCCUUGUAUGAUUUUUUGAGUAUCAAGUAACCCUUUUGACCUUGACACUUUUGUUAAAUGUUGUUGAAUGUCAAGGGCAAAGGGCUUCCAUGUUUCCACCCACCAGUGACACUGUGGUACAAUGAUAUAAUCCAAAUGUUGAUAAGGAAAAGCAAACCCUACAUAUAUAAUCAGCAUAAGCAUCAGUGGUUAAGCAUUUGCUCGUCACAGGUAUGCGAUGUGUGAAACCCACUUUAGGUAUUCCCCGCUGGGAUACUGCUGACAAUUUGCUAAGACAGUAAGAGCAGCAAACACACACACACACACACACACACACACACACACACACACACACACACA